AUAAGUAACCACUAUAAAAUAUACUCUUCAAAAUAGUCAUAUUCAAACUGAAGUGAGGAGCGCGCGUAUUUAACAAUGGUGCAAUUACACGAGGAAGAUUUUGGUACGUUUAAAAAUGAACCUGUGAAGAAAUUUAUAUGGACUACGGAUAGCGGGUUCUCAGUCUCCGUAAUAUCUUAUGGAGCGAUCAUCCAAUCAAUUGAGGUUCCAGACAAAAACGGCACUAACAGCGAUGUAGUCUUGGGCUUUGACGAUAUCGAUGGUUACGUAAAUCGAAAUUUGCCAUAUUUAGGCGCAACUGUUGGGAGGUGCGCAAACAGGAUUGGUGGAGCAACUUUUGAAAUAGACGGAAAUACUUAUUCAUUGGCGAAGAACAUUGGUCAGGACCAUUUGCAUGGAGGUUUAAUUGGGUUUGACAAGGUCAACUGGAAGUCCACGGUUAACGGUAAUAAGGUUGUUUUCAGCUACUUGUCCAAAGAUGGCGCAGAAGGAUACCCUGGUGAUUUAGUUACCAAUGUUAUUUACGAAGUUAAAGACGACGAUGUGCUGUACGUGGAAUUUGUAGCAACUACCACUAAGAAGACCGUGGUCAACUUAACCAACCACUCGUAUUUUAACCUCGCCGGUCACAAUGCUGGUUCAGCUGAGAUUUACAACCACAUUAUCAACAUAAAUGCUGAUAGAAUUACCGAAACUACACCCGAGUCGAUUCCAACCGGCCGUUUUAUUAAAGUCGGAGGUACACCUUACGAUCUCCGAGUUCCAACACGACUCGGUGACGCCAUGAGAAGAGCGACUGACUUAUAUGACGAUAACUUUUGCGUUACUUCCACUGGAAAACAGGAUAUCAACUUCGUCUCAAGAGUCAUCCAUCCAGCCUCUGGAAGAUACCUAGAAGUUUACAGCAACCAGCCUGGUGUCCAGUUGUACACCAGCAAUUUCUUGCCAUCACCUAAUGAAGUGGCUCUGGUAGGGAAAGGGGGAGUUGGAUACAGACGCCAUGGAGCCUUCUGUCUUGAGACCCAAGAUUAUCCGGACGCGGUUCACCAUGCUGGCUUCCCGAGUGCAAUACUGAUACCAGGAGAAAUUUAUAGACAUAAAGUAAAUUAUCACUUUGGAUCAGUUUCGGUGGAUGAACCGCAAGUGGUUCUAAAUUGAUUCAGCCUAAUUUUUGAUAAUAGUAUUCAUUGAUUAUGUUUUCAAGUUAAAGUUUAAUUUGAUUUAAUUAUGUCAGCAUAAAUAUUAAAUUUGUUAUAA